GUUUCCCACCAAAGUGACGUCAUGGUCUGCCAGUCCAGAAAGUAUUUAUAAGCUUGCCUGAGUUGGUCAGUACUUCGAGGGACUACCAACAUUGUAUUUUUCAGUUUUCCACUGAAAUCGUGUCUUACAAGGUGAAGAUGUGGAAACAAUCUGGCAUGAAGGUUUUAAAAGACGAAUUUAGUUUCUGCCAGUUGUUGCUAGCUGUCGUCUGCUUAUCUUUAAACCAAGUUCAUGGCCAAUCCGCUGACGUCAUUUUUGUAGUUGAUACAUCUAGUUCCAAUGAAGCAUCGGACAUCGCUUUCAACAGAACUACCACAUUAAUACAAGACAUUGCCAAUGUAUUUGAGAUCGGACAGGAGCCAGGCCAAACGCGCAUCGGAGCCGUGACUUUCAGUGGCGAGGACGUUGGGGUAGGGUUCAGGCUCAGCUCGUGCAACAACAUGGAGGACCUUCAGUUCAUGGUCAGCACUAUUCGCCAGCCCAUCUCUCCGAGACGCAAAAUCCACGCGCUGGUCAAAGUGCUGGACAAUAUGUUUGAAAGUCGAAACGGCGGGAGGGAUGGCGUGGCACGAGUAGCUGUGGUCAUCGCUUACGAGGGGGGCUCUGGUAAUUUUUCGAGUGUGGUUAAGACGGCCUUGAAGUCUCUGGAAAAGGAUGUAGUGGUGAUUGUGGUCAAUGUGGGAGAGGCUGAAGAAAGCACAGAGCUCCAGGAGGCUGCAAGCAGCAGUGAACUUUACUUUCAGCUUAAUGUCUCAGACAUCGAGACACUGACCAUGGCAAAGACGAAAAUGAUACGAAACAUUAUUGAAGUUUGUAGCCGACAUUAUGUUGACGUCACUGUUGCCUAUGACAACAAUCCGCUAUCUGAGCAAGACAGUCUUGACAGACUACAGCAGUUGGAGACGAUUACAAAUAAGCUUCAAGCUUCAGAUUGCCACGCUCGCCUUCGCGUAAUAUCCGGUUUGGGCCCAGAGAGUUCUUCUGCGCAGAAUUUAAAAGGUCAAGGCAACAGAAGGCCAAGCGUUCGCGCUGCUAUCAAGAAAUGGAGGAAGAAGGCGAGCAGACAGAGGCGUGCCAGUGAAGGUGGGCCAGGCCGACUCCCCGUCAGCAUUCCCUCCAACGGCCAAAACAAACGACUGGUGCUGGUGUUGAGCAAGAGGCACGAAUCUGAAUUCAGAAGCAUCGUGGGUGAGUUGGGGACUGUGAUGAGUGACGGAACGAAAGUUCUGGUCGUACUUGACGGAACAGUUAGGCCCAGUUACGUCCUUGCCUGGCAGCAGGUCCUUGGAUUUUCUAGGGUGAUUGUCCUUAAAGAUACAACACAUGAUAUUUCUGAAGACGUAGAAGACUUUAUUUGUACGAUAGAUGCAUAGAUACUACACCUGUUUUGUAUUUAUCAAAUUAUGUAUAUACUUUGAUUUCUUUCUUUAAUACCCCCGCACAACACUCGCAGACUCAUAAAAAAUGUAUGUGGUGCAGAAAGUUAUCUCUGUAUUGUUUUUCACGGUUGACUGGAGUUCUAUUUCUGAGUAUCAUAAGGAAAUGGUGUGGCCUGUAAGCCUUCAAUCACCCCUUUCAGAGCUAUAGCUAGCUCAAUAUUGCUAUGGAUUUACAGACAUUUAUUUAUAAACCUUUAUAUGUAAAUACACCCCAACCCACCGGUUAGAAUCGUUUUUUUUUUGCUUGAAUUGCUUGACAGAAAGGUCAGGCAGGCAGUGACCCAUGACUUUUAACCUUUGAGAUUCGUCUGCUUACGACUAACCUACCCGCUGUAAUGCGAUAUCUCUAUGUUUAAAAAAUGUAUGUAAUGUAUCUCAGAUAACUUUGAUUGGGUGAACUGAUCUGUGUUUAUUUAUUGAAAGUUUUUGUUAUGGUAAUGUCACGUCUACAUAAUGGUGUAAAUUUUUUUUUGUUUUUAAUUGAAACAUGUGACUAGACCAUUGGAUGUUUGAGAAUUAAAACAAGAUCAUAAAAUGUA